AUGGCCAUGAGUCGGGAUUGUAUCCCAGGAAAAGAAUUCUGGAGUACCUUUUUUAAUACCAAAGGAACAUGUGCUUCCUGCCCGCGCUCUUUGAAGAAUUGCAAGGAUCAAGGAAGCUUAGCCGACAUAAAUGCAUGCCAGAACUCGUGUGGUAAGUCGAUGUUUUUCACGCUUGCCAUUGUCUAUAGAAUUGUAUUGACCAUUAAAAUCAGUAUUAUUAUCGACAUGUCAUAUCGUGCUUUGUGUUACGUAAAUGUGAGUGUUGAUGUAUAUAUAUUUAACUUAAUUCGUUCAAAAUAUGUUUCUACAUCAUUUAAUAUGCUCGUGGUGGUGAAUGUAUCGAGUUGUUAAUUGUUAUGUCUGAAUUCGUUCUUCCGAAGUCGACGAAGAAAUUUUCGCGUGGGUUGCAGUUAGUGUAUCUAGAAUACGAUUAUUUUAAUUAAAGUACAUAUAAUAAUAUUUUCACUGUUUUAGUGUCAUUUAGUGGUUUAAUUCGGUUUGUCUGGAUGUUUUGAAUGUAUUUACCAAUAAUAAUAUCAUAUGGGUUUUAAGUGAUGUCUUAAUGUAUCAUAUAUUUUGUGACUUUUGUAUGGUGCCAUGCCAACUUUUAAUAAUUAACAGAACGAAUUCUCAAUUAUUGUUUGUGUAAAGUUCACACAAAGCUUUUUUACAACUUAUAUUUAACAUGCAUUACAGGUUGAUUGCUAUUUCAGCUAGCUUGUUGCCUGUUUGUGUCAUAUGUGGGCGAUAUGAUGUUACUUCUUCUAUUUGUUUGGGAAUACUAGAUUAAUAUUUAAACAAUCUGCCUGGCUAGAGAUUUCGUUAGUGGUUAGGACCGGUUUGCCUGGCUAGAAGUGGUAUAGGUCCGGUUUGCCCAGGUUAGUCCUGUUUUUAAACGUGAAAUUAUUAAUCGAAUAUGUCGCAACUAAAACCUCCAAUUAAGGCCAAAUAAAAAAAGACUUGGUUAGCGUCACCGCCCGUCUCCCGAUUUCUGCCGCCUCUGAAUUUUUUAAUGUAAAUCUCUUCGUUUUACAGCUUAAAACAGAUUAAUAUUUGAAAUUUUUCUCAUGCUCAGACCUUCGCGCUAUAUAACUGAUCGAUAGGGGCGCGUGGGCUUGGCCAGUACAAAAUUCUUAUAUAGCAAAAUGGCGGCCUUCGCCAUAUCAGUGCAAAAAAUAUCACCGAUAUGCAUGGUUGAAAAACCGCCCCCAUCCCCCAAAAAAUACUAUUAAAAAAUUUUAAAAAAGAGUAAAAAUUACUGGGAAAAAAAAGUACGCCCCUCCCGCCUCUGAAAAUUUGUGAGAGUGUGACGCUAACCAAGUAUAUUUUUUUUUCGCCGGCCUAAGCAGGCGUGUUUAAUUUAGACGAGCCAAAAACCCUCAUACAAAUUGUGAAUACAUACCAACUAUUGUAGGAUAUUCUGAGAAAAUUGAAGGUUUGGGGUGAAAUUGUGAGCCAAUAUUUUUCAACAUUUCAAGAAAAUCUGUUGAACGCACACAACUGUAGUUGAUAAAUAAAAAGACUGUAAUCAGCUUAAUUAAAACUGAAAACUGUAACCAGCUUAAUUAAACUGCCUUGAAUCUUAGCCUAUAUAAUAAUAUCCACUUUGGCCAAACUUGUAAAAACUAAUAUGAUCAAUGGAAUCUAAAUAUGCUUUGUAAAAUUAGACUUAUGAUGGCAAAGUUUAUAGUCCUGCAUAGAACACAUAUAAUAAUAUAAAUAUAUCCAAAUUACAUGUACUAAUAAGUAGCUAUAAGUAAACGCCCCCAUUGCACUAAUAAACGUUAUGUCAGCAACGGCAAUGAAAGCCGUUCGUGGAAGGAAUCUAAAGGUUGAGUUAUUUUCAUAUUUUUCUUCUUUUAGUGAAGCCAACAGUACUUCCCCCGACAGCAAUACUUCCUUGGACAGCAAUACUUCUUUCGACACGAGAAGGCCUACGUCCCUUAACGCCACUACCAACCUCUUCAAAUAUACCUCGAGAACGUUCAACAAUUUUUCCAAACUCGUCCAUUCCGCGUCAAAAAUCCAACUCUUCAGAUAAUAACCAAUAUAUAUGGCUUGUCGUCGUGCUAGCACUUUGUAUAGGCGUAGCUGUGUUGGUGGUGUUUGUUCGUAGAUUGGCAGGGAAGCGAGAUGAAGCUGCUAGAAAUGCAGAAGAGGGAGAAGAUCGCCGUUUAAUAAAAACAUUGUUUUUCCAUGUAGAGUUGAUACAAAUAUAA